ACGACGCUACCCCUAACGUAAAAUGCCUAGCAACUGCGAGAAGGUUUAUAAAAAGAACGUGUUGUUUUAGUUAGCUUUAUUGCUAGCCCGUUGUUGUCUAUUAACAAAGUCAGAGUAGUCUUAAGCCAGUCAAAUUUACUUACGUGUUUUUAAACCUAUGCGUAUGAACAUGAUCAACAUACCAUGAGCAGUGUUCACACCGGACUGAAACAUUACCUCGUCAUAUAUUAACUAAUCUGUGCUACAUACACUAAGUAGCUAACUAUCGCCCGCUAAGAGUUAGGAAGAAUUAAAAGGUAUAUUAUAUGUUUCGUUGUUAACGGUAAUGUUAAUGUAUACACGGUCGGAAAUCGGGAGAUGAUAUGCAGACCUCGGAUGAUCCCUAUGAGAAGUUCAUUCUGCAGCAUUUAAAGCAUUAUGGACUUUUUACAGGCCAGAGUUCUGCGUUUCUUCAGAGAAAUAUAUCAACAGGCAGACUAUGGGACAGCAGCCAUGAUUCUGUGGCCACAGAUGUCCUCCAUUCAACUGCUGACAGCACAGACAUGGAUGAGGAACAGCCUCAGGCACAUCAGGGACAAUUCUCUUUCAACAUGGAGAACUAUCUCAGGACCAGGCAGCUAUUAAUUGGCCUUGAUGAUGGAAGGCCUAUCCGACGCCUAAGGGAACCACUGGACCUCUUUUCUAUCCCUUCCACUUCCUGUCCCUUCCAGGGUGUUCGCUGGCCAGUUGAAUGUGAAGUCAUCUGUGACAAAAUCCAACACUUGGAAUGGGAUCCUCCAGAACCCGAACCAUUUUAUCAACAGACUGGCCAUGAGCGAACCCCCAUGCCAGGAGGAGAAGAAAAAGGAAUCACUGUGUAUUGUGUAGACUCUGCCACAAAAAUGCCCUGCUUCACUUGUUCCCGUGUUGGUGGCAGCAGGAGGCAUAUAAAGAAUUUCAUGUCUAGUCCCGACAGCCAAGAGACACCUACCCUGUCUUUUGAGUCCAGAUUUGAGAGUGGUAAUCUUCAAAAAGCAGUUAAAAUUGGUCAUUAUGACUAUGAGCUCACUUUGCGCCAUGACAUGUACACCAAAAAGCACACACAGUGGUUCUACUUCCGUGUGAAGAACAUGAAGGCCGGUGUCGCAUAUCGUUUCACGAUUAUCAACCUGAUGAAAUCCAGCAGUCUGUAUGAAGCAGGCAUGCGUCCACUGCUGUACUCUGAGGUUGGUGCCUGGCUGAAGGGAGAGGGUUGGUACCGUGCAGGCAACAACAUUCGGUAUUACCGGAAUCAGAGUGAAAAAGAGAGCAAACCACUGUACUCACUCACCUGGACACUUGAGUUUCCUCAUGAAAAUGAUACCUGCUACUUGGCCCACUGCUACCCGUACACCUACUCAGACCUGCAAAACUAUCUGCAAGGUGUGGUUUCAGACCCGGCUCGGGCAAUGUACUGUAAAGUGCGGGUACUGUGCCGAAGCUUGGCAGGAAACUCUGUGUAUGUGCUGACUAUUACUGCACCCUGCGGCACCUGGCAAGAGCGAAGAAACAGGCAAGCUGUGGUAAUAACAGCUCGGGUGCAUCCGGGAGAAACAAAUAGCUCAUGGAUUAUGCUGGGCUUCUUGGAUUUUCUGUUGGGUAAAUCACCCGAUGCACGUCUUCUGAGGGAAACCUUUGUGUUUAAGGUAGUGCCAAUGCUGAACCCUGAUGGCGUGGUGGUUGGGAACUACCGCUGCUCUCUGUCAGGCCGUGAUAUGAACCGCAACUAUCGUACUCUACUUAAGGAGGCAUUCCCCUGUGUGUGGUAUACUCGCAACAUGGUGAAACGGUUACUUGCUGAGAGAGAAGUAGUGUUAUAUUGUGACUUUCAUGGACACAGUAGAAAAAACAAUGUAUUCAUGUACGGUUGCACUGAUCGUAAGGAUACUUCACUACAUCUUCAGGAGCGUGUCUUCCCUCUGAUGAUGAGCAAAAAUGCCAAAGACAAGUUUUCUUUCAAGAGUUGUAAGUUUAAGGUACAGAAAGGCAAAGAAGGCACUGGUCGCAUUGUAAUGUGGAGGCUUGGCAUCAGAAACAGCUAUACUAUGGAGUCCACUUUUGGAGGUUCCACAUUAGGAGGCAGGAGAGGAACUCACUUCUCUGUAGGGGACCUGAAAUCUAUGGGCUACCACUUUUGUGAUACCCUCCUGGACUUCUGUGACCCAGACCAAACCAAGACUGAACAUUGUCUGAAGGAACUGGGGGUUUUGCUGAAGCAGGAGAUUGGACGGAAGCUGGGCAGGGAUGUGGAAUCCCUGGAGGGUCUCUCUGAUGUAGACAUUGAGUCCAGUACAAGUGGAUCAAAUAGCACAGACUCAGAUGGUCUUCCUGUUCAUCUUUUAAACUGCACAGACCAGGAUAUAAAAGUCAAGACAAAGCAUUUACGGAGCAGAAAAGAAAGGAAUCGAUUACGACAGCAGGGAGCACAGAGUGCAAAAUCCAAGAUGCUUCACAGAGACAACAAAAACCCAGAUAUGAUGCAAUCCAAAGAAGAUCUAGUGACUCAAACAAUCCAAGGAAAAACAAUCACUCCAGUGAAAGAGGGGAAGGAUAAGAAAUCAAAUACACCGAUAGCGAGGGUUAAUCAGUCUGUGAGGACCUGGAUCCCACAUCCCAUUUCACGUGUUAGUCUUUCUGGCCAUGAGGCUUUUUGGGAGGACAAGAAAGACAAGCAUGGCUUAGGUUACUCUCCUACCUUAUUAGAGGAGACUGAGUCAAUAAAUCACUCCCAGAAGCAAAAACAGCACCAACCCUUGAUUGUCACUGCAGUUCAACACAGAUUAUCAUGUCUGCCAAUUCAACAGUUCCCCGUGCUUUUCAACAACGAUGUCAAAGCCUACUCAGGAAUGAGAGGAAGGUCCUCUGUUUCAAAAAUCUCACUUCGUAGGACUGUUCCGGAGUUAAUUUCUAUCAAAAACAUAGAGCUCAGCCGCUCAGCCUACUCCUCACCAGCCCACACUGACAACCAGCAAAAUAUCAGGCCGAAAAGAACACCACAGUCAACCAGAGCUUCACUUGAAUCCUACAUGCCAGAAAUACCAAACACUACAGGCACCCUGAGAACCAAUCAUAAAAGAAAUGCACUAGCAGGUCUGGCAGUACUGGAGGCUGAGCAGUCCAGUGAAGCCGAGCAGUUCAGUAAACAAGAAAGAGAGCACUACUCUUUUUUCCCUUAUCUAAGCAGCAUUAACAGGCCUGGGAAAAGCAGUAGGAAGUCCUCAGAUGAACAGGCUCAACUCAGAACUGAGGCUAGGGACGUUAACUGGUGGGUAUGACGAUGCAGCUUCAUCAGGCAGCUGGAACAGUGGAGGCAGACGUGAUGGAGAACUUGCAAAUGCCUUGGUGGAAGAGUGGAGAAACAUCUCACAGCAAGAAGUGACAAUUCUGGUGCAAUCCAUGACUUAAAGCAGCUGGUGAACACACCACAUACUAACUGUUACUUUUAAUAUUGACCCCCCCCCCCCCCCCCCCCUUUAUUCAGGGAUCCAUUAUUCCAUUUCUUUUCCUCAAAUGUCUGUGAAACUUGUUCAUUUGUUGAAUAUUUUUAUGUUAAAACAAAUAUUUACACAUGUUAAGAAAUUUGCUGGAAAUAAAAGCAGUUGGAUGUGAGAAGACAUUUCUUUUUUAUAGAGUUUAGAUUGUAGUCUACUUCUGUUCAAAACAUGAUUUAGAAUUUGAUGCAGCAGGCUACCCUAGUCUACUAUCACACUAUAUUCCCACAAAGUUGACAUUCAAAAACCACAAUAGCAGAUAGACAGAGUACGCAGGAUAUAGCACAGGCCAUGUUGCUGCCCCUGCACAAAGCCAGAGCAGUCAAACAGUUUCAGUUAGUCACUAACAGCGAUUUGUGUGCAUUGAGGUUCCACAUAUUAAAGACAGUUUAGCCCCUUGGGUAAAUAUGGUGGUGGCUCUUUAAUGUUUUGGGGCUGUUUUCAGCCAGAGGACCUGGACAUUUUGUUAGGAUACAUGGCAUCAUGGACAAAUAUCAACAGUUUUUAAAUGAAAACCUGACUGCCUCUGCCAGAAAGCUUAAAAUGGGCCGUGGUUGGAUCUUCCAGCAGGACAAUGAUCCAAAACAUACAUCAAAAUCAACACAAAAAUGGUUUACUGACCACAAAAUCAAGGUCCCACCAUUGCCAUCCCAGACCCCUGACUUGAAACCCAUAGAAAACCUGUGGGGUGAACUGAAGAGGAGAGUCCACCAACAUGCACCUCAAAAGCUGAAGGAUCUGGAGAGAUUCUCUAUGGAGGAAUGGUCUCAGAUCCCUUGCCAUGUAUUCUCAUCAGGCAUUAUAGGAGAAGACUCAGUGCUGUUAUGUAUGCUGUAAUGUAUAUGUGACCAAUAAAGACUAUCAUUAUCAUACUGAGUAUAGAACAAUAUAAUAGCAAUUUUGUUUCUUGCUUGGGUUCAGAAACAUGAUAGAUAGGGAAAUGUACUUCUUUGGAAUUAGUAUGUACUUUAGGCAUAAAACCUUUGUGUUUAUUAUUAUCCAGCCUACAUAAUCGACUUUUUCACGCAUUUGUUUUUGCAAUUAUUUCAGCAAAAUACAUGUUUCUUAUUUUUAAAAUUUAAUACAGGGAUUGAACAUUUCCCUAACGUUUUUGUAUGCUUGUUGUGCAUGUGCAUGCUAGAACGUUUUUAAAGAAUUACACAGUUUAGUGCCAUUAAACAUA